AUGGUUACGCCAUUAUCACAUCUGGGAAGUAAUAGUUGCCUUUUAUAAAACUACGAGGCAAACAUGUUCGUUUUCCCGUACGUACCCGUAGGUCACUAAUAAUGAUUAUGAUGGUGGUGAUAUGUGAUGAUGAUGAUGAUAAUAACAAUAAAAUAGAACGCACAAACAAAACAAAAAAUCACUCGCCUUUCCUGGAUGAAACACUUUAAAUCCUCGCGAAUUGCUUUCAACAGUGAUAGACUUAUUUUUACCUUCCCGUAGUAUUCACGCCUUCCCCUCAUCCGUCAACAAACAAGUUGAAAACGUCUCUCUUCGCUGGAGCCGUAGCUGGUACUGUCGUAUUUAUCAUCGUAGUUAUCACACUCUUCGUUUGUGAACGGCGCAGGCGCAACAAACCGCUGAAAGUGGCGAGAGGGUUCGAGGGCGUCACUUUCACAGCCGUGUCCAUGAGAGACAGAAUAAGAGCGGAAACCAUUCGCGCCCUGGACGAGAGCAAAGUCCUGAGUCUAUUUAACCCGGAUGAUAUGCGUCAAGUUCCUCUCAGCAGCGUAGAGUACAUCCGGGACCUUGGAUCCGGGAACUUUGGGUUGGUUUUCUUGGGUAAGUUUUGUAGCUUCGUUUCAAUUGGCCAUUUGCACCAUGACGUCAUUUUAUUACUAAGACCAGAAUCCUUCAGAGUUUUUCUUUCUUGUGCAAAUUAGGGCUUUUGAGAAUAACCAGAUUUAAAUAUAAAAAGAAAAACCAAAAGGAUUCUGGUCGUGGUCGUAAAGUGGCACAAUCGUGCAAAUGACCUUUUGCCAAAGCAUUCCAUAGCAGACCAGAUCGCAAAACGGUUGAUUUUUCUCUCAGAAACGUUUUUUCAAGGUGCGAAGUGCCGGCGUCCGUUUUCAGCCUCGCUCCAGACCUUUCUUUCACUGUUCACGGGCACUUGA